AUGGUGAAACAGACCUCCUCAUGUGCAGGACUUUCCCCACGCUACUUGGGGGGGCGAGCUCUAACAUGGUACACCACCCUACUGACUAGUAGUAUCGCUUCAUGGGACGAGUUGGCGAACAAGUUUCAGUCUCACUUUGCAACCAGUCGCCCUGUGCCAAAAUCUGUCCACUCUCUAGAAAAAAUACGCCAACAGCCCGACGAGUCCCUCAGAUCCUUUUUAGACCGCUUUGAUAAGGAGGCCCUGCAGGUCCAAGGCCUAGACCCAAAAGUACAGGUACAUAUACUUCUUUCGGGCUUGCAACAGGGUGCGUUCGCGUACGAGCUCGCCCGCCAUGAAAUCACUGACCUGGAAGAAGUCAAGAAGGUGGCCCAGGAGUACAUGCGAAUCGAAGAGUACAAAGGAAGCCGAGUUGAUGACGCCCACAGUCAAGAAAAGGCGGUCAGUAAACAGAAGAACCAAAUGGAAGAAAGUAAGAAAAGAAACAAACCAGCCAAAUAUUCAAAACGCCCUUCUGGGCGCGACACAUGA